GCCGGGCCAAAUCUUUGUGAGCAACCAACUAAAGCAGUGUAUGGCGGGGACAUCUCGUCCUUUCCUUACACCUUAUGAAAACGAUCAUCAUUAGGGAGAACGACUUAAUAAAUUAAUUUAAUUCGUAACGUUAACUAAUAAGCGUUCCUUCAAAGCCCCGUCAUCGUCUUUGUCCCCUCUCUCUCCUUCUCUCCCUUCCACGCAAACCAAAACCCUAGGAGGGAGAAUCGAAACCCAUCGACCGAUCAAUUGAUCGAAAGCAUAAUAUCUCUCUCGCUCCUUCAACUCCCAUGGCGACGAUCGGCAACACCAACCUCAAUGCCAAGCUCGUGUUAUUGGGCGACAUGGGGGCCGGGAAAUCGAGCCUCGUUCUCCGAUUCGUCAAAGGCCAAUUCCUCGAAUUCCAGGAAUCUACGAUCGGCGCUGCGUUCUUCUCGCAAACCGUGGCGGUGAGCGACGCCACGGUGAAGUUUGAGAUUUGGGACACGGCGGGGCAGGAGAGGUACCACAGCUUGGCUCCUAUGUACUACAGGGGAGCUGCUGCGGCUAUCAUCGUCUACGACAUCACACGAACGGAAUCAUUGGAGAGAGCUAAGAAGUGGGUGCUGGAGCUGCAGAAGCAAGGUAAUCCAAACAUGGUGACAGCUCUUGCAGGAAAUAAGUGUGAUCUCGAAGAGAAAAGACAGGUUGCAACUGAGGAGGCGCGCGCUUAUGCUGAGGAGAAUGGUCUUCUCUUCUUAGAAACCUCUGCCAAGACAGCUAUAAAUGUGAAUGAUAUAUUUCAUGAGAUAGCAAAAAGAUUGCCCCGUGCUCAGCCAGCUCAGCAGCCAGCGGGGAUGGUUCUUGCUGAUAGACCAGCAGAGCAAUCACGGGCUUCUGCAUGCUGUUCUUAGGUUCUCGGAAAAGCCAGAGGAACUCUCGACGUUAUGAGGUGAAUGACGAUAACAAAGCAAUGUGAUGAACCAAGAAGAUGAAAAUAUAAGCACUUGUAAAUUUGGCCCACCUCCUUUAUAAAUUUCUGUUAGUUGUGUUUCUUCAUUCAUCAGUUAAUAUCGAAGUAGCAUUAUUAUCCGGCAAUUAUCGAGUUCUUGUCAUCGUGUGUAGUAUGUGUUUUAACAUUAUUAGCGCUCUUGUCUCUUGUGACUCUGCACUCAGUAAAGAACUGUACAGAUGUAAAUCAUAUUUGAGUUGGAGAUUAUGUUUCUCUUAGAAUUAAUGAUGUUCAGAUUUUUUUUCCUCUCUUCAAA